GUAACAGCAGAAGCACCACGGCUUUAAGUCGCCGUUACGUCAUCAAAAAGCGACAUGGCGGCUCGAUUCGGUCAACAAACGUGAAACGUUAGUGUUUGUGCAAAAGCUGGGAAGUUACCUCUUUUGAACUUGAGACCUCAACUUUCUCUUUGCUACAACAUCGGUCCAGUUCAACCGCUAAUGAAUCCAUUAAUUAGACGGAGACUUCCUCCGUCUGUGAGGAGUCUUCUGACAGAUAUCGGUCCAAAGCCGGAGUGGACUGACACAGAGCCCGACACAGUGACCAGAGAUGGGAUUCUGCUCCCGUCCAGAGGAAGUGCUUCUGGACAAGAGGAGUUUCUCACGCCAGCCGAGACACGAGGGGAGGAGGCUGCAGUGGAUGGUAGUAAAGCAAGAAGGAGUGCAGUCUGCAUGUUGUGUAAAUGUAAGCCUUCUUGUUACACCUGCCCUCGGUGUAACCUGCAAUACUGUGGCUUGGCUUGCUACCAGAGCCCAGGUCACUCCGUGUGCUCUGAGGAGUUUUAUAAGGAGUCUGUUCUACAGGAGCUGAAGGAUAUGGGGAAAACAGAAAGUGAGGGGAGAAAGAAAAUGCAGGAGGUUCUUGUGGCACUCCGACAAAAGGCGGAAAGGACAGAUGGGGGGAUGGAAAGUUUGUUAAAAGCAGCAGGUAUUAUGUCAGAUGACACAGACGAAGGGGAAGGAGAGGCAACAGAGAAAGUGCAGGUUGUGGAGCUCCUGUCCAGGUUAGCAGAGCUUCAACAGUCUGGAGAAGGGAGUGCAACAGAGAUUGAGGCUAUUUUGAGGAAACUUGAAGAGAUUGGAGGAGGGGAGCUGCUGCCUGGAGACAUGGAUGAGGAUGCUGAAAGUGCAGAAGGGGAGCUGGACUUGGCUGAUCGGCUCUCAGGGCUGGAUAUUGACAAACUUUCUGAAGAGGAGCUGUGGGAACUUCUCAACAGUAAAGAGAAAGAGAUGUUUAUGGGUCUGAUGAAGGGUGGAGCUCUUGGUGGGCUGGUUCCCCUGUGGAAGCCGUGGUGGGAGGAGCAUAAGGAGGGAGGGAGUGCACUUGUGGAGGUGCUUGAGGAGGAAGUGAGCAAACUGGAGAGAGAAAAUUCAACAACUAUGGAUGAACAGGACAUUGAUAAUAAAGUCAAGACAUCACAAGAUGUGGUUCAGAAUCAGGGCAAAUCAGCUAAGAAGUUAAGAAAGACUAAAGGCGGAAAAAGAAAGGAGACGAGCAAGCAAAGUUCAACAGUUCCCAGUGUCCCUCCAAUUUCUGUAAAAAUUCCAAAGUUGAGUUCCUUGUGUGCAAAUCCAUCUCCCCUGGUAUGCUAUGGUUUGGUCAAUGCACUUUUUGGCUACACCUUCACCCUGUGCCUGUUUAACAAUGACACUGAUUCACUGAUGUUUGAGUUCUGUGACAUGAUUCUUGCUCUAUCUGAGGCACUGAACUCUAGCAGGGUGUUCAACUCUGUCCAAGAGGCCUUAGACUGUGGAGAAACUCUCAUUUUGGGUGGAGGUUACCUCGACAAGGAGGAUCCUCUUGCCCCAGCCAGGGCGGUGGAAGCCGUGGCUCACAUCAUGACCGGCAGAGACAGAGAGGAUGCUACAGGAUACUGCCUGGCAGCCUUGAGUCAGCUUCGCUCAGUGCUCUCCCAGGCCAGAAAAGCACUGUCUAAAGAGGCAGAGGAAGGGGCAAGGAGACAGAAGUACUUCCUGGCAAGCAAGAAGUGUGAAUUCUUUCAAGCCUGGGUGUUGGACAAUGCACACCGGAUUCGUACACUAGCUAUUAACUUGUGGAACGAACACAGUAAAAGAGAGAGUGUAAGGAGCAGCAUGGAGAAAGCAAAGACUGUAGUUGAGGAGAACUUGAUGAAAGAGAAAACCAAAGGGAAUAGUAAGUUAAUUGAAGAACUGAGCUAAAGAAGUCUUUCUUGAACAUACUGAUGUUUGUAAAAGUUGAUGAUGUAAUAAAAAUAUAUGAAAACCUAA